UGUUCUGAGAAUAGAAGUACACAGAGCCCGUGACGCCAUUUUUCGGUGCGAAUUAAGGCAGAGAGCAGGUGGGGCAAACCACAAGCGUUGGAAGCCAGGUAGAAACAGUAACAGCAGCAGCCGCACCAACAACAGCGCGUGACCAAGCGUUUGAACGCCAUUGCUAUCUUUCAAUAGUAAGAGUAGUGGUACCAAUACCAAUACUGCGAAGCAACCACUCAUCAUAAAUCACGCACUCAAUGAGCAGCCUCAUCAACUUUCUUAAUCCCAAACUCAAGCCCACAGUGGACUGUGAUGCCGUCUGUGAGGAUGGCUACACGGCUGCGAAUCUGCUAGCCGAUGAUCCAGAGCAGCUGGAGCGCGGCUUCAUGGCCUUCUCGGUCUGUAAGCCCCCCGUAGAGAUUGUCUUUGACUUUCCCAAAGCCAUCGAUCUGAAGGUCAUCAAGCUAUGGCACACAUCUGGUGCUCUGCGGUCUACAGCAUUUGAGGUGCACGGUAAGUACGAGGGAAUUUGGGAACGUGUGGCCUUUGUACGGGAUCUCGGCAAGAGCAUGGACUCUGUAACCUUCUGCUAUCAGAGCGACUACAAUUCGCGUAGCAGCGCUGCAGCAGCGCAGCAGCAGAGCGAAAAGGUGUUCUUCUUCAAGUCGGCCCACAAAAUACUGUCGACAACAAACAGUGUUAAGAUCGUGAUCCGGGCAACAGAACGUUGUCCACCAGUGCUGCGCAAGGUGCAGAUGUGGGGCUUACCUGCACGCACUCUGGACAAAGCCGACCGUGAGCUGAUGAAGACCAUUUGGAAUGAGAUUAGCGAUCCAUAUGGCAUGCUGAACAGAGAUCGGGCGCAACCACAAAGCGGCCAACGUUCGCCACCACGUCACAUACCCGAGUUGCGUGAGCAAUCGACGCUGGAAAUACCCGAAGAGUUUCUUGAUUCCAUAACGUGGGAGCUAAUGAUCUUUCCCACAGUAUUGCCAUCGGGCAAGGUGGUCGAUCAAUCCACCAUUGACAAGCAUUCGGAGGAGGAGGCCAAAUGGGGUCGCUUACCAUCGGAUCCAUUUACAGGACUCGAAUAUACCUCACAGCGCAAAGCAAUAUUGCACCUCGCACUCAAAGCCCGCAUUGAAAAGUUCCUUAUGGAGAACGAUGAGCAUUUUAAAUCGGUGCCACGUUCACUGGGCAGCUCCCGAAUGCGUCGUCGUCAUGCCUCCCAGUUUGCCAGCCACAUGUGCCAGCCCGGACAGGGUGGCAUCGCUGCAGGCACCUAUUCCUCAUUGAGCAAUGCCUACAAACGCAAAACCAAAUCAACAGUUACUGCCACGGCCACACUGUCCUCCGCUUUGUCUGCGCCCGCCUCGCCGCCGGCACCAAAGCGUGCCCGGAACAGUCACUCCGCCUAUGCUGCCAGCGCCACGGUCACCGCCAGCAGCAUCGAUCAACAAUCAGAAACAUCGUCUACCUCGGCAUCGGCAGCUGUCACACCGACCACAACGUCUUCCAGUGAGCAGGCCAUACAGCAGGCGCUGCAGCGGAUCACGCGCUUCACCCAACUGGAGGCGCCCGCGCCACCACCCUCUUGCAUCAAUUGUCGGAGCAGCCAGUUCGCUUAUGAAAUACGCACCUGCAAGCAUUUGGUAUGCCGGGAGUGCCUCGUCGUGCUCUCGACCACACAGCAGUGCGUCUGCAAGUUGAGCUUUCGUAGCGUGGACGUUGAGCGCUACCACAAGUUGCAGUAGUCGCCUAGCCUGGCAGAUACCACAUAGUCUCUUAUUCUAGUGCUUCACAUUUAGUUCUAGUUGAUAAGGAAAAAAAAAAACAUUUUUGUUGCCAAUCGUCAAACUCUGGCGGAGCGAUUUUGAGUAGAGUUGGGCAAAUCAUUAAAUUUUUUGCAAAUCUAUAAAUUGCUCAUCAAAAAAGGAAACUAUUUUUGUAGAUUAUCUAUACUAAUAUUAAAAAGAGGAAAGAUUUUAUUGUUUGUUUGUAAACUAUAUACAAGUAGCACUUCUGUUUACCAGAUAUUUAAAAAUGAUUUUUAGUAAAGCAAAACAAGACUUGCCCAGCUCAAUUUCCACUGACCUCCCCCCAUCACCAUUUACUUUGUGUCUUUCUACAAUUUGCAAUCAUGUAUGUUUUGAUUAUUCAGUUUGUAGGUUUAUGAGCGUUAUCCUAGACGUAAAGAUUAGUUUUAAAUCAUAUCAUUGAGCAGAGUUUCAUGCAAAGCCCAAAACAAUGCAAUACUAAACUUAUGUAUUUGUGUGUUGCGGCGGCGCAUUCGCAAUUAACAGUAUCAGGUCAAAAACUAAGUCGGAUUGGUCGGUGUAUUAUCUUGGACCAGCAAACCGAAAACGAAUCAUGCGAUAAAACUUAGUCAUAGAGAAAGCACGCAUAGUUUUUGUAGCAACACUUUAUACAAUUCCCUCCUCCAAAGAAGGGUUAUGAGUAUCCAAGCGCAAAGUUUAUAUAUUCAUACGUACGAUAUAGAAUUAAUAAAGGUCAAGACAAAUAA